AUGGUUAAACCUGCGACACGAGAGAACCUGAUCAGUCGACACAGAUGGACAGCAUCCUCAUUCGACACCAACAUCGAUGCAACGUCCCUAUUGUCCAACAUCAGUCGUUUGGCACCUUCGCUCAUCAAAGAAUUCAUUCCCAAGAACCAUGUGGAGAACACCUUCCCCUUUCGAUUGAUCAACGAGAUCACCCAUCACGGCGAGGAGGAGGGAUACAUCGCACUCAGUUACUGCAGGAAGCACACCACCGCGAACACACCGAGACGAGUCGUCACACCAGUCGGAGAUCUUCCUUUUGGAUGGCAGAAGGAGAUUGAGCAGUUUCCGCUACCAACAAGUGCUGCACUGUUCGAGGCUGUCAUCAAAGAGAAGCACAAAGGCGAAGGACUGUGGUUCGACCAAGUAUGUCUCGAACAAGAGGACGAGAGCGAGAAGUCAGGGGUCAUCGGGGCUAUUGAUGUCAUUUACAAGAAUGCGAGGGCGGUUGUCGUAGCACUUGACGAUAUCGCUGUUACGCCAGACGAAGAACAAUUUCUACGCUACUAUGUCGAGCAAUACAGCUACUCCCAGCUACCGUCGGGUCAAGAGCCCAAUUCAGGGCUCACACCACCUCUCAUGGAGCAGUUUACACCUCUGAAGACUUUUCUCGAGCGAGUGAUCAGCUCAGAUUGGUUUGAUCGCGCAUGGUGUGCGCAUGAGAUGAAGAUGGGACGAAGCCAUGUCUUUUUGGUACCUUCCAUACGGCACUACGAAGACGAGGUUCAGACAGUCACACGCUUCACGGGAGAAUUCUUUACUCAUCUACUGGUUCUUGCUAGCGAACUCGCUACAUUCACACCGCCGGUAACGGCCAAGAUACGCUCGCUUUUGGCAUUCUUCCAGGAACUUGAUACGCUCAACAAGCAUGGACACGACGCCUUACGCAGACCAGAUACCCCACACGACCAGGCCCCGACAAUGCAAUCAUUCACUUCACUGGUCACAGAUACCUUCCGCCUCAAAACAGGUGGCAGUCCCCGACUACCAGAAUACAUGCGUCGCCUCGAUGCAAACCGAGACAAAACCGCCCUCGCACUAAACGCAUCUGGCCUUCCCAUAGCCCUCGCCCCUCCAGGUCCCUUCUCGCGACCAAAUAUAGAAGACGAGUGUCUUCGUUCCCUCCUCCUUGUCGGCAUCGCAGCACGAGAUCCCGUCGCACUCUGCACAACCGGUCCACCCCUCCAACUUCACGACGGCUCGGUCUCAUGGCUAUGCCGUCCGACUUCUCUCGACACUACCUUGUCCCGUUUUCCACCUCCACGUUUCUCCAGCCAGGCGGAUCAAAUUAUCCAAGCGCACGACGGCAGGGCAGAGUACGCACAGCUCGAUCUCAUCUUCCUCGAUCUCCCCCACCGAACGCAACCCAGCCCAUCGUUCCCCACACACGUCGUGCGAGCUAGGAUCAUAGUCGACUUAUGCGUCCAAUACCACAUUCCUGGAACCAGCGGGCUCUGGAACUUCUCACACGCACCGAAUCAUCCGCGCACACCAGCGUUGCGCAAUAUCUUUAUCCAGACACUAGCCUGCGUAUUGAGCUGCGGACCACAAUGGUUAUUGGAAGUCUCGACGGGGCUUGAACUAUGCGAGGCACAUCAGACCAACCAACCGAGACUAUCGGCAUAUAAUAUCGAGAUGCUGAUGAAUCCUCAUCUCAUUCUUCAGAAUUUUGUCUUAUUACAAGAAGGCCGGGCGGCAUUGCAGGCGUUGGUAAAUGUACUGAGUACGCUCAUCACAAGUGGAAUUCCUUGGCCAUCUGGUGCGAGUGAGCGGACACAUGGGCCAUUGAUUGUCUCUGCGCCGUCUUCUUCGACAUCAGCAUCGCCUGCGUACGAUUACGUGGGCGCGCCACUUCAAGGUGGCAGUGGGAAGGCGAUCAUCUUUGCACCAUUUGAACACUCGAAGACCCUUCUUAUCGCCGUUCCGGAGGUGGUCAAGGGGACGGAGUAUGCGCCUUUGGCACGGGGUUGGAUCUUGACGAGUAUGAAUCCUUUUACGGGGAGCCCGAAGCCGACGGUUAGUUGGACGUUGCAAAGUAAGGGUGCGGUGUUUGGAGAUUUCAGCUUCAACAGUCGAUUGGCAGGGAGCGGGGCGAUGGAUGUGAGGAAUCAUAGGGUGUAUGGUCCAUUGCGGCGGUGA